GCCAAACCUCCGAAUCUCACAAGAAUCACCACCACUCCAUAAUUAAGCGUAUAUCUGCCAUCUCCUUUCCUCCCUCCUCUCCGCCUCUUUUUGCUGCUGCUUCUUCUCCGAGCAGAAACAGAAAUCAAGGAAGGUAGCAACACCACAACACAGGAGCAGCUCCCCAAGAAUGGCCGCCACUCUUGCUCCUUCGUCCUCCAAGCUCUUGGCUGCCUUUCUCAUUCUCUACAUCGUCGCUCAUGCUUCUGGGAAAUUAUGUGAUAAGUCGAGCGUGAACGUGAGCUACGAGAGAACAGGGACGGUGGUGGAAGGACAGCCGGAGUGGGAGGUGGUGGUGAGGAACACAUGCGGCUGCAGCCUCUCCCAUGUGCAGCUCACAUGCACCGGGUUCAGCACCGUCAAGGAAGUGGACCCCAGACUGUUCAGAAGCCUCGCCAAAGACCAAGACCACUGCCUGGUCAACGACGGCAAGCCCAUCGCGCCCAGCUCCACCGUCCGCUUCAGCUACGCUUGGCUCACGCCCUACGACCUCCCUUUCUUCUCCGCCCAACCCCGCUGCACUUGAUUGACUGUUCAGGCCACACCAAGAGGCCCCCCACUUAAAUGGAAACCAUGGUGUGGUGUGGCGUGGUGUGGUGUAGUGUGCUGCUUGCUCUGCCGUUGUGCAUGUACUUCAUUUCUUGUGAAAUCAACUAUAACCUUUUGUUAGUUUUGAUGGUUAAUAUGUGAUAUAUAUAUCUAUUGGAAGUUCGCA